AUGGGUGGCGGAUGAAGUUGUCUUGGUAAAAACAAGCAAAAAGGAUCUAACCAAACAAGAAAUUGAGUUGAUAAAGGAAAAAGCAUCACUGGAAGACCCUCUCCUAUUGUCUCAAAUAGUUUGAAGUCUUCUUUGAGUCAAAAUAUAAAUGAAACUAGUAAUUUAGAGUCAGGCGUACCCUCGAGGGUUAUCAAAAUCGGAUUACAGGAUUAUAAUAAAGAUGUAGGCGUUAAUUUCCUAAAAUAAGGAGUUAUUUGAUAACCUCACUCCAAAAAGUAGGAAAUAAAUACGACUCUCGAAGGAAGAAGUGGGACACAAUGGCACAUUUCGACUCACACAAAAAUGAGUCUAUAAAUUCAAAGUCUGUCUACAAUGAACUAAAAUAAAUUUUUCGAAAAGAACUCCAACAAGUUUUGUGAGAGGAUUGGCAAAGGGCCUCCAUGUGAAUACAGAUGGUUCGCCUGGAAAAUAAUCUCUGGAGUAGAUUAUUCCCUAAUCCCUGGUCUGUAUAAGGAGCUACUGGAGGAAGCAGACAAAAUUGAAGAGAAUGAGCAUGAUAAAUUGAGACAAAUCAACCUGGAUUUGAAUAGGACUUUCCCUGACUUCUCAUUCUUUAGCGGAGAAAAGGGAAAACGAGGCCAACAGAAAUUGAAAAGGGCCCUCAGAGCAUAUGCUAUGUAUAAUAAGGAAGUAGGUUACACACAAAGCAUUAACUUCCUCAUGGGAUUCUUCCUGAUGGUUAAUGGAGGGAAUGAAGAAGAAGCCUUUUGGCUCUUUGUUGCUAUUACUAAGAAAAAUCAGAACUUUCACAUGGUCGGGAACUUUGAAGGAGGACUUGAAGGAUUUUAUGUAGAUAAGUUUCCUCUCUAUCAUCAAUUUGUGUAUCAAUUCGACAAACUAUUUGAGAAGAAAAUCCCGAAGCUGAAAUCUCACUUCGACAAUAUCGGAUAUCCAGCUCCAGUGUGGCUUCAAAAGUGGUUUAUGACUUUAUUUCUGUAUUCCUUUCCAAUGAAAUUAUGUAUCAGACUUUGGGACAAUUUAUUGGUGGAGGGGCUAGUGUACAUUUUCAAGUUCCCUCUCGCCAUAAUGGAGAUCCUACAGUUAACACUGCUCAAGUGAAACUUUGAAGAAGUAAACGAAAUUUUAUCUAAUUUACGGACUAUGGAUGACCCUGAUUUACAGGGAGAAACAGCUGUUCUACCUAGCACAGAGAAAAUAAUGCUUAAAGCUAGGAAAAUCAAGCUGAAGCACAAAGAGCUAGAGGAUCUCAAGAAGGAAUAUGAACAACUAGCCUCUCAGAACGACCAAAUGAAGCAUAUCAAGACUCUGCCCAGGAUUUUGGAGGAAGAAGACAUUUACGAGGAGGUCAAGAAGAUGCACUCCCAAUCAUUCGAUGAAAAUGGCUUUUUGAUAGAUAUUGAAGAAUGUAAAUCUCCAAACAAAAGGUAUGAAAGACGUAACUCUACCGGAAUUCUCUGGAUCAAGACUGGUAGCUCUCUAGAGGAAGAAGAUUAUAUUGAAGGAGAGCAACCUACUGGUCAGAGAAAAUAUCGAAAGAUCAAGAAUACUAUGAGGGUAAGAGUUAAUAAGAAGAAUUCAAAGAUAAAGCCUAAGAAAUCUCUUAGAAAGGACUCGAUAAUACAUAAUACUUCAAAACUUCCUCCAAUACAUGAUGAUAAACAACAGAAAGAUAUCACUGCUGGAUUUUUGAGAAACCUGAGUAUAGGAAGUUUCUUUGAAACUGAGUCCAAGAUAGGGGAGAUGAAGAAAAAGUCAAGCACAACUAUGCAUAAAAGCCUUAAAAGUCUCAGAAUUGCUGCUCCAAAGACAUCUUGAAGAGGAGGAAGAAUCUCUCAUGCUAACAUUGAUAAUUGUCUGUUGAACCUACCUACCUUCAAUAGCUUCUCCCAAUCUCUUGGGAGGUAUUCCUCAGUGAAGCAUUUCCAGCAUGCCCAUACAGAUAGAGAAAUUAUAGAGGAGAUCAGUGAAGAUUUGAAUGAAUCUUUGGAUAACUUCUUGCUUAACGAUAGCUUUAAUCCUCCGAAUUCCCGAUCUACAUUGAUAAAGUUUAGAAGGGGAGGUACAGAAGUUGAGAGGCUGAAGUCAUUGUCAUCUAAAUAUAAGAGCCAUGAAAGCCACAAGGAAGAUGACCAUACUGCCUCAGUAAAAGGCAAUUACAUUGAAGCCAUUAGUCACUCAGAGAAUGAUAAGUUACAGGAAUGCUUUGAGCAAGCUAAUAGCGAUCUAUUUUUGGAGUCUCAGAAGAACGGGAAAGUUAAAAUCAUUGACCUAGAGUCAUUAGAUUGUAGUGAUUCAAGCUCUAGCUUGAUGAAUGACUCGAAUGAAGACAAUAACUCAGGGAGUAAGACCCAUGAUACUAUUAAAGCAGCAGAAUUCCAUUCUCCGCAUAAUUCCAAUUUUAUUAACUUCAAUUAAA